AGCGCGUCUCUCCGGGCCCCGCCCCCGGGCCUCGGUGCUCCGCUUACUCCGGCCCACCCUGUCCCCACCGGCCCGGUGGCGGAGGCGAAGCGCAGUUACCCUCCUGACCUCGGAUCAUGUCGCUGCAAGUGGCGAGGAGCAUGCGGUCUGUGGCCUGCAGCCUGCGCACCGCCUUGGCCUUCUGCCCGCCGGGGCCCUGGGCGCCGAGCGCCGCCGCCGUCCGCUCACUGCACACCGGAUCUGCUUUGCUGUCGGUGCGUAAAUUCACAGAGAAACAUGAAUGGAUAACAACAGAGGAAGGUAUUGGAACGGUGGGAAUCAGCAAUUUUGCACAGGAAGCUUUGGGGGAUGUUGUUUACUGUAGUCUGCCUGAAGUUGGGACAAAAUUGAAAAAGCAAGAGGAGUUUGGUGCUUUGGAGAGUGUGAAGGCUGCCAGUGAGCUCUACUCUCCUCUGUCAGGAGAGGUAACUGAAGUCAAUGAAGCACUUGCAGAAAACCCAGGGCUCGUCAACAAAUCCUGUUACAAAGAUGGUGAGUUGUUGCUCAGAAUUUCUUUCCUACAGUAAAGUAACUCAGCCAGG